CACCAGAUAACAUAGAUUCGAGCAAUCGUAAUUAAGUAAAUACCUAUAGAUAAUGAUUUUUGUCAAGAAUGCACAGAUGGUUGUCGAGAUAUACACGUGUUUUUACUUAAAAAUCCUCCAGCAAAAUGAACGUCUAUAACUGUGAUAAGUGUAAUACAGUAUAAUAGAUUUAUUGAGUAAAUUUCACAGAGUAUUAGUACUACAGUGAAGAAAAAGUUUAAAAAUGUUUCGUUACUCAACUAAAUUAACUGCAAUAUGUCGUAAUCACGAAUUUCGGUUUUCAAAUUAUCUGAAACUAAGUGCAUCAAUUUUAAGAUCCAGUUCAUUCGUUCAUCAAGAAAAUAAAAAAUACCACAAGUAUGGUGCAUAUGCUGCUUUUUCUUUACCUUUCAUUGGAGCUAUUAGCUAUUAUUUAUUCAGUGACGAUGUGAAAAAAUUUAUGAAAGAAAAUUGUCAUGUACAUGCUUUGAAGCAGCAUACUGAAAGUCAAAAUAUUGUUGGUGUUCGAAAAAAUGAUCUUCCAACAUAUUCAAUAGAGCAAGUUAAUGAGCAUGACAAUGUCAAGGAUGGCAUCUGGGUUUCGUACAAGGAAGGUGUUUACAAUAUUACAGAAUUUGUUAAGAAGCAUCCCGGUGGAGAGGAGAAAAUCAUGAUGGCAGCUGGUGGAUCUAUUGAUCCUUUUUGGAUGGUCUUUGCUAAUCAUCAAAAGUCAGAAAUACUGGAGCUCUUGGAAUCAAUGAGGAUUGGUAAUCUCAAAAGCGAAGAUGUGUACAAAAAAACUGUGGAUACUUUAGAUCCUUAUGCUUUGGAACCAAUUCGUAGCAAAGUGCUAAAAGUUAAUGGUAAACAGCCAUUCUGUGCUGAACCUCCUUCUCAUCUAUUAGUAGAACAUUUCAAAACUCCAAAAGAUAUUUUCUAUAUAAGAAAUCAUCUACCAGUCCCAAUAAUUGAUAUAAAAGAUUACGAAAUGGAAAUAAAUAUAAAUGAUACCACUAUUAAAUCACUCACGCUAUCGGAUAUUAAAAAAUAUCCUAAGUACACAGUAACCAGUGCAAUAAUGUGUGGAGGUAAUCGAAGAUCAGAAAUGGCUGAAGCCAAGUCAUUGAGAGGUUUGAGUUGGAGUGUUGGAGCUAUUGGUAAUGCCAGCUGGUCUGGUGCAAGAUUAAUUGAUGUAUUGGAAGGAUUAGGUAUAAAAGAAGAAGAUUUCAAUCAUUUACAGUUUGAAGGAAUGGAUGUUGAUCCGGCUGGUGUAUCCUAUGGUGCUAGUAUACCAAUUGGCAAAGCUUUGGAUCCAAGAGCCGAUGUUUUACUAGCUUAUGAAAUGAAUGACGAGGAAAUUCCUCUAGACCAUGGCUGGCCUAUUAGAGUAAUCGUACCAGGAGUUGUUGGAGCUAGAAAUGUGAAGUGGUGCAAUAAAAUUAUUUUUUCUAAAGAAGAGAGUCCUUCGCAAUUCCAGCAGAAUGACUAUAAAGGCUUCUCUCCUUCUAUAGAUUGGGAUAAUGUAGAUUUCAAGAAAGCUCCUGCAAUUCAGGAGAUGCCAGUUACUUCUGCUAUUUGCAUUCCUCAAAGAGGAGAAAAAGUUCAAAUAGAUAAGAAUGGUACUAUUGCAGUGAAAGGAUACGCUUGGUCUGGAGGUGGUAAAAAAAUAAUUAGAGUAGACGUGACAGCCGACGGCGGAAAUACAUGGCACAUUGCAGAUUUAGUAACUCAGGAUCAAAAUGCCAAAGAAGGUAGACAUUAUGCUUGGACUUUGUGGAGUCUUCAGAUACCUGUUGACAAAUCAAUGGGGUCUGUAGAGUUGUGGGCAAAAGCCGUAGAUUCAUCUUAUAAUGUACAACCAGAAAGUUUUAAAAAUAUUUGGAAUCUAAGAGGUUUUCUUUGUAAUGCAUAUCAUAGAGUGAAAGUUGACUUGAUCUAGAUGACAUUUUUUCAAGUUAUACUUAAGACAAGCAAUUUAUUUGUUUAGUUAAUAAUUUAAAUAUUUACUUUUUAUGUAUUAAUAUUAUCAUUUGUUAUUACUAAUAAGAUACAUAAAGCAAGAUAAGGCUACACUGUUGAUUGUAGGAUACAGUCAAGAUCAUUUAUAUAGAUACUCUAUCUGAUUUUGUUAUAUUUAUCUUUAUUUUACUGUAAUUAAUAAUUAGUUAUAAGGAAAAAGCUGAUGUUAUGGUGCUAUUUUUAAAAAUAUUGAAUAAUUUAUUGACUAUAUAGUUUUUUAAAUAAAUUAUAUAUUGUUAAAUGUAUGGAAUAGAGGUAGGGGAAUUAAUUCAAUUUAUUAUUAAUAAUUGUAUCUAUUAGAUACGAAAUCCUCAAAAAAUCACUUAGUAGCUUUUGAUACAUCGUUAUCUCAUAUCUUUAUAUAAUGUAUAUGGAUAUCACGUUUGUAAAGAACUCACUGCCUUGUGACUUAUUCACGGAUAAAUUAUUUCAAUUUUCCUACCCCUAGAUAUAUAUUAUCUGCCACAUUUAUUUAUA